UGAUUGUGAUGCGGCCGAAGGGGGAAGGGCAGCAUGUCCGGUGAAGCCCAAGCUUGGAUUUCUCCCAUCUUUUCUCUCAGGGUAACAGUUCUGGUUACUCAGUGGGUGACAAAUGAGUGCAAGGCUAAAUCUGAGAAGAAAUGCCAGGUUUUCGGGGAUUCCCUCUGAAGAAGCCAAAAGUGGAACGAGCAGAGCUGACCAGCAGCCUGAAGUUCAAAAUCUCAACCCACCACGGAAAAUCUGGAAGAUCAUCACAACUGUGGUACUCCUACUGAUUCUACUUCUUUCAGGAUUUUACAACAAGGAGUGGCUCAAAGAAACAAGAAUUUCACAGAAUACUCUGGAACUCUAUGAUGUUCUUGCAGACUACGGCUUUAAACUGUACCAAAACCAGGUCAGAGGUCGAGAUUCGAAAGGACAUCAGGAGCGCCUAAGGAUGGGCACUGUCGACUUGAAGAAUAAUCUCCGUGAAAUUCUAGCCCUCAAAGAACAGAUAAAUACACUGAAGGCCGAGCUCAACCACGCGAUGAAGGAAAUAAACAACUUUAGCCUGCAUGCUGACGGAGAUGUUCGGGAAGGUCAAGGAAGAGAAACCGUGUCAGAUAAGGAAAUGUCAAAGAUGGUCAACUAUGUACUGAAAAAGCUGAGGGAAGAUCAAGUUGAAAUGGCGGACUACGCCUUAAAAUCGGCCGGAGCCUCCAUUGUUGAAGCGGGAACCUCUGAGAACUACAAAAAUGAGAAAGCCAAGCUAUAUUGGUAUGGGCUAGGAUUCCUAAAUUAUGAAAUGCCUCCUGAUGUCAUUCUUCAGCCGGCUGUGCAUCCUGGGAACUGCUGGGCAUUUCCAGGUCCUCAGGGUCACGCCAUAAUCAAGCUGGCCAGGAAGGUCAUCCCAAAGGCGGUUACUCUGGAACACAUCUCGGAGAGGAUCUCUCCUUCGGGGAACAUCACCAGCGCUCCCAAGGACUUUUCUAUCUACGGACUCCGAGAUGAGUGCGAAGGAGAAGGAAUUUUCCUGGGUCAGUUCAUGUAUGACAAAACAGGAACUGCUGUUCAAACUUUUCACCUCAAGGUUGAAGUUUCUGAAUUCUUAUCAUGUGUGAAAUUGAAAAUCCUCACCAACUGGGGACAUCCCAAAUUCACUUGCGUGUAUCGAUUCAGGGUACACGGCAACCCAGAAAGCAACAUGUAAAGUCCGCUCUGAUGAAGCGAGCGUCCUCGGAAUUGCAAACAGCCUUCCAGAUCAGGCACCUGCAGCCAUCAGAUGUCCAUCGGUGAAACAACAGCCAUAUUACAGCACCCCUAAAAGUGUAGUGGAAAAAGGAAGCUAAGAUAAUGGCUCGGAUUUGCACUUUUAAAAUUAAACGGCUGUUGCUUGUAAAGAAAGAGAAA